UUUAUCAGAAAUUUAAUGUCAACAUGAGCUAACCUAGGUCUCCAAGAUAGAGCUUCACCUUUAAUAGAACAACUUAUUUUUUUCCACGAUCAUGCUUUAUUAAUUUUAGUAAUAAUUACUGUUUUAGUAGGUUAUUUAAUAUUUAUAUUAUUUUUUAAUAGUUAUAUUAAUCGAUUUCUUCUUCAUGGGCAAUUAAUUGAAAUAAUCUGAACAAUUUUACCUGCAAUUAUUUUAUUAUUUAUUGCACUUCCUUCCUUACGUCUUUUAUAUCUUUUAGAUGAAAUUAAUGAACCAUCUGUAACUUUAAAAAGAAUUGGACACCAGUGAUACUGAAGUUAUGAAUAUUCAGAUUUUAAUAAUGUUGAAUUUGAUUCAUAUAUAAUUCCCACAAAUGAAUUAGCAAAUGAUGGAUUUCGACUUUUAGAUGUUGAUAACCGAAUUAUUUUACCGAUAAAUUCUCAAAUUCGAAUUUUAGUAACAGCAGCUGACGUAAUUCAUUCAUGAACAAUUCCUGCUUUAGGUGUAAAAGUUGAUGGAACUCCUGGUCGAUUAAAUCAAACUAAUUUUUUUAUCAACCGACCAGGUUUAUUUUAUGGACAAUGUUCAGAAAUUUGUGGAGCUAAUCAUAGUUUUAUACCUAUUGUAAUUGAAAGUGUUCCUGUAAAUUAUUUUAUUAAAUGAAUUUCUAAUAGUGUAAAUUCUUCAUUAGAUGACUGAAAGCAAGUACUGGUCUCUUAAACCAUUUUAUAGUAAAUUAGCGUUUACUUCUAAUGAAAAAAUUAGUUAAAUUAUAACAUUAGUAUGUCAAACUAAAAUUAUUAAAUUAUUAAUAUUUUUUAAUUCCACAAAUAGCCCCAAUUAGAUGAUUACUUUUAUUUUUUUUAUUUUCGAUGAUUUUUAUUUUAUUCUGUUCAAUUAAUUAUUAUGCUUAUAUACCUUCUUCACCUAAAUCAAAUGAAUUAAAAAGUAUAAAUUUAAAUUCAAUAAAUUGAAAAUGAUAACAAAUUUAUUUUCUGUAUUUGAUCCAUCAGCAAUUUUUGGUCUUUCUUUAAAUUGAUUAAGAACUUUUUUAGGACUUUUAAUAAUUCCUUCAAUUUAUUGAUUAAUACCAUCACGUUAUAAUAUCUUUUGAAAUACUAUUCUUUCAACACUUCAUAAAGAAUUUAAAACUCUUUUAGGACCUUCAGGUCAUAAUGGGUCUACAUUUAUUUUUAUUUCAUUAUUUUCUUUAAUUUUAUUUAAUAAUUUUAUGGGUUUAUUUCCUUACAUUUUUACAAGAACAAGACAUUUAACUUUAACCUUAACAUUAGCUUUACCUUUAUGACUUUCAUUUAUAUUAUAUGGAUGAAUUAAUCACACACAACAUAUAUUUGCUCACUUAGUUCCUCAAGGAACUCCUGCAAUCCUUAUACCUUUUAUAGUAUGCAUUGAAUCUAUUAGAAAUGUAAUUCGACCUGGAACUUUAGCUGUUCGGUUAACUGCUAAUAUAAUUGCAGGACAUCUGUUAUUGACUUUAUUAGGAAAUACGGGGCCUUCAAUAUCUUAUAUAUUAGUUACAUUUUUACUAAUUGGACAAAUUGCUUUGUUAGUUCUUGAAUCUGCUGUUGCUAUAAUUCAAUCUUAUGUUUUUGCAGUUUUAAGAACUUUAUACUCUAGAGAAGUUAACUAAAACUUAUAAAUUAA